CUAUGCAGGCAUCAUUACCACCUCCCGUCGCAACUGGAGCUCCCCCGCGAGACCCGAUGCGCGCGACGCGGCCGCGGCAGCCAGCGACUCGGCCGUCGCCGCGUCUUCGCGCGCGAGCUCGGCGUUCAGCGACUCGCGCGGCUUGGAAAAGGAGUGCGACCGGGGCGACGCGCCACCGCCAUCGUCGUCCGGCGCCGCGAAGCCGGGCGGCGCCUCGGAGGCCGAAGCGACGUCCGCGGGAUCAGGAUCACCUUCCACGGGAAUCCAGUCGUAGCGCGCCGGGUCGGCGUAGCGCCGCGGCGGCGGCGCAGCUUGUCGGCGCUUGGCCGGGUCCACGCCCUCGAAGCCCCGCGCGGCGGAGGAGCCUGUUCCCAUCCCAAGGCUGCCCCUACCAAUGUGCCAGGCGUUUUCGCGGUGCACGCAUGCAGGGACGGCGUGUACGUGCGUGAGUUAUGCGAAAUCGCGUACUGUGACAGCCUUGUCCGAGCGGUUCGUUGGGAUGAGAGAUUAAUCGGGCUAGCGGCAUGUAAGACACUAGCACCAAAGCCCAAAAGC